CCAGCCUGUUCCUCCGGCCUGAACAAGCACCAUCUGGGUGGCGGGCGGAAACUCGGCUGAGGUUUUCUCAUAAAGCGCUCAGUUCCCUGGUUCCCUCUCCAGGGAGGAGCGGUGACUGGGGCACAGGCUGCAGCCGCCCAUGGGGCUCCGCCUCCUGCUGUGGGGGGCCACCCUACUGUCCGGGGCCUCGGGCUUGGUCCCCGUCUCCUGGCGCUGCGGCUUCCUGGAGUACUGGGACCGGGACUACAGAUGCUGCAGGCGCUGUGUGGAGCGCUUCGGACCCCCCAGAUGUCCAGAUUACGAGUUCACCCGCCACUGUGGGGUCACUGAUGAAGGCAAUCAGCUGGAUUUCCCCUAUGCUCGGUGCCCACCUGGGCUGUGCAACAGGAACUGGGCCGAGCAGUGCGGGCAAUGUCCGGACCAACCUCUGCCCUCAGCCCAACCCCCUGCAGCCCGGGAUGGACACCUCCAAGUCCGCUGUUCUCCAAAACCCAUACCCUCCAGGAGACGGUGCCAGCUGGAAAAUACAACGGUGCCCACGAUGCCCACAGCUCCCAUGGCACCCACAACAUCCUCAUCUCCGAGCCCCCGAGGUCCAGGACCGAGCUCUGGGGAAGGCCCCAGCAGGCCGCCUCCGUCCCCGGUGCCUCCUUUCUUUGCAGGGAGCACGGUCUGGUACGUGGCGGGCGCUGCUGCCCUUCUGGCCGGAGGCCUGCUGCUUUGGGCUGCCGUGCAGACAGGGAGGUGGAGGGCCGACACCAAGAAGGCGGCACAAGCUGGAAAAGUCUGGAAAUUCUUCCCCUUAAGUGAGGGGUCUGUGCCCCCCACUUUGGCCCGCCAGCCCCUCUCGCGACUUCUGGACGAGCUCGAAGUGCUGGAAGAGCUGGUGAUCCUGCUGGACCCUGAACCCGGGCCCUGCGGGGGUUCUGCCUGGGGAACCACUCGCCAUUUGGCUGCCCGCUAUGGGCUCCCGGCCUCUUGGGCCACCUUCGCCUACUCCCUGCGGCCAGCCCACUCCCCGCUCCGUGCCCUGCUGGAGACGGUGACGGCGCGAGAUCCCUCGGCCCAGCUGGGACAGUUGGCCCACCACCUGAGCCAGCUGGGGCGUGGUGACGCGCUGGGGGUGCUGCAUAAGCUCCUUCAGCCGCCCCCUCCCCCCAGCCCGGCCUGGAAGCCCCUUGCCAUGGGGACGGAUCCUUUGUAACAAGAAAUAAACCAGGCUGUCCCUGC